GUAAAAUUCACACCGGCAAGGCAACAGGAUCCAAAACGCCGCUUGCUUUUUUUCGUUCGUUUUUCUUUAAAAGGUAAACAAACACCACUUUGACAUAUGGGAUUGUUUUUUUUUAACCGGGUUGCACGGAAAUCAUGGGAGUCCGCGGUCUGACCACUUUUAUCGAAACCAACGCGGAUGCGUACCUAAAACCGUUCGAAUUACACGAUACACUGCUCGUAAUCGAUGGAGACAGUCUGUGUGCGCAACUAUUCUCGCGAUCAAACAACAAAACCACACCGUUCGGUGGCCACUACGAUGCCUACUACCGGCAGGUGCUGGACUUCUUCGACAUGCUCAAGGCGUGCCGGAUCGUGCCCUACGUGCUGCUGGACGGUGGAUACGAGUCUCGCAAAAUCGUCACCGUCCGGGAGCGGAUGAAGCAAAAGGUUCACAGCAUCGCCCACCUUUCCCUGGAGUCAACACGCCACACGAUGCCAUUGAUGCUGCGGGAAGUGUUUGUCGAUGCGGUCCGGGCUGCCGGCGUAUCGCUGAUGCGGUGUGCGUUCGAGGCAGACGAUGAGGUGGCCAUCCUGGCACGGAAACUAGAUUGUCCGGUGAUGAGCUACGAUUCGGAUUUCUACAUCCACAACGUACGGUAUAUACCGUUCGUGACGCUAACGCACAAGAUCUACCGCAAGGUGACCGAUGCGAGCGGGGACAACUUUGAGAUCGGUAUCGUGGACCGGACGAAGGUGGGCACCCGGCACGAGGUAAAGUUUUUGGCCCAGUGUGGUGACGAGACGUUGAUCCGAGGAGAGGAUAGCGUGACGUACGACUAUCUGGACUGUUGCCUGUACACGAUCGAGAAUCUGAUCGGACCGAACGAGCGGUUGAGCAAGGAGAUGAUUCCGCUGUUUGCCGUGCUACUCGGGAACGACUACAUCGAGCGGAAGGUACUGGAGGGAUUCUAUCGAUCGAUCAAGAGUGGUCGCACGAAUCGUAAGAUCGCUCAGCAGCAGAGGAGAAUCAAGGUGAUCUUGAAGUGGUUGCAAAACCACACGCUACAGUCGGCGAUCCGCACCAUCGUCAAUCAGAUCCGGGUGGCCAACCGGAACCAGAUCCACCGACAGAUGCUGACCGCCAUGCGAGGCUAUAAUGUGGAGGAGUGUGUUUCGUUUGAGUUCUUUGGUUUCCGUGAGGAACAACCAACGUUCGACGGAACGCUGACUGAUGCCGAAGUCGAGCGCAAUAUAGUGGAUUGCUUAGGCGAAGCGGAAGAGGCCGUUGAGCACCAUUCGUGCUCGAGUGAUGCAGCUUCUGGAGAAGAGGAUUUGAACGAGGACUCUGAAGAAGAGGAUCCAGAUGAAGCUGAAGAUGCCGCAACCACAAACGAUGAAGUCGAUGGAAGUAAUGAUGAGAAUGCUGAUGAAAGUGACGAAGAUGACGAGCAUCAAGGCGACUCAGAGGCAGCGCCCGGGCCAUGGCGCAAUCGGUACACGGACCACAGAUGGCCCACCUGGUUCCGCGAGCUGUAUCGCGAGGUACGAACGCCACGGUUUGUGGCCGAUCUGUACCACUCGCGGCUAUGCAUUAACUCACCCCAAAUGGAGGACAUUAGCAAACCGGAUAGCAACACUAUUAGUUAUCCCAUUCUCCACCUCAUCUUUGCACUGCUCUCCAGCCAACACCCAGGUCCAAUGCGGACGUCCUUCCGGUAUAUCACACGCAAGCAACGCAAGCCUGGAGUACGUUAUCAAACCUUCGAGGACAUUCAACUACCGGAUGGAUUACACUUUGUAUCGGAUGAUCCCUCACAAAACAUCGCCUUCAUCAAGCACCUGUUCAGAGAAUCCGGCGUCGUGGAAUGGGAAGAUCUAUUCGAUCGCACUCAGCACCUGCCGGCCAAUAUGAGCCUCUACUUUCUCGCCAUCAUCUAUUGGGCAAAGAACUGUGGCGACGUUAAUGUGGCCCAUGUGCAGGCACUGAUCGUGUGCGUACUGCAGCUGCAAAUCGUGGACCGAUGUUUGAAACCCCGGAACCGUGAUGUGGAUCUGUUUCACAAACAGCACAAACAGCUGCUCGAUGAUCGCAAAGGAAGGAAAUCGAACAAACCAGCAGUGAGCACGGAAUCUACAGCUUUCUCAAGAGCCAUCUACCAACAGUUGGCCUGUGCGGUACCGCGAUCGGAACUGGUACAAGCAUACGGUGCCCUGAUUCGUCAUUUUUCCGUCGAUGAAAAGCUGCACCGCAAGAACACGCAUAUCGACCGGUCCACGGUACACACGAUGGCCGAGUUUCAGUCGGUUUGCUUCAAUCUGUAUGCCCUAAACUCACUACUUGGCUCUCCGUUCGAUAGAUUACGGAUGCACGAGCUAUACAACAGUCUGUUCGUGUAUAACGUAUAUGAGACGAUCAAAUCGCGUACGGAUCCAUGUGAGUACGUACGUGGCACCCUGUUCCGUGAUUCCGCCGGUCUCUUCGAGGUGUUCACGUGUAUGGUAGCGUUCGUGGUACGAUACGUACCGGAACUGCAUGAACGGAAACGUGGCGCAGUGAGGCAAUCGAAGGCCAAGUCUUCGUCUUCUGGUACCAGUAAGGGUGCGGAAGGAGGAAGGAAAGGUGGGAAAAAGGCAUAUCCUCCGCCAGCAAAUGAUUGGCAGCAAGAGGAAAAGACGAGCGAUGGCGAUGAGGAGUUUGUUGAUGUGAAUAAUAAGUUCAGCCAGCUACUGCUGGCCGGUGUGUAAA